UAGGUCAUUUGGGAAUCUUCUACACCAACUAUAUUUAUAAAUAAUGGUUACAUACUUCAGCUUCAAGUAAGACUAACUUAUUUGAUUGCCUCUAAGACUAGUUUUCCAAACCUUUGCAAGUUUCAUUGCAUACACUAUGCUUAAAACCUACCCAUUGAUUUCUUGAAAAUAUAAGAUUUAGCUACCCCUAUAUAUUAUUUGGAUGUCGUCAAAAUCUACCAUUACAUUGUCCAACAGAAAAUAUAUUCACAAGAUUCAAGAUAAUGGAGGGUUAUAACAAGUUUCUACAUGGAACACUAGAAGCUACCAUUUUCCAUGCCACACCAUAUAUACCAUCUUUCCCAUUCAAUUGCAUAUCAACAGGAAAGCCAGCCUAUGUGACCAUCAAGAUAAAUAAACAAAAGGUAGCAUCAACAAGCCAAGAAAUCGACAGAAUCUGGAAUCAAACCUUAUAUAUUCUUUGUGCCCAUCUGCCUGACGCGACAAUUACAAUCUCCUUAAAGACCAAAUGCUCCACCUUAGGAAAAAUCUGCAUCCCUGCACACCAGAUUUUAACUAAAGAGAGUUUAAUCAAUGGUUUUUUCCCGCUCUGCAUGGAAAAUGGAAAGCCAGAUCAACAACUAAAACUACGAUUUAUGCUAUGGUUUAAACCAGCAGAACUUGAACCAACCUGGGGUAACUUACUUGAUAAUGGCGGGUUCAACGGACAGAAGAAUGCCACGUUUCCGCAGAGAUCCAACUGCAGCAUCACACUAUAUCAAGAUGCUCAUCAUCACUCUACAUUUCAACCCCCGGCCCAUCUUUGUGGCACGCCAAGAAAAUUGUGGGAAGAUGUUUAUAAAGCCAUCGAUGAUGCAAAAUAUUUGGUCUACAUAGCAGGAUGGUCUUUCAAUCCCAAGUUGGUACUGGUUCGCGAUUCUCACACAGAAAUUCCACAUGCACGAGGAGUAAGACUUGGUGAACUGUUGAAAAGGAAAGCAGAAGAAGGUGUUGCUGUGAGAAUCAUGCUUUGGGAUGAUGAAACAUCAUUACCUAUAAUCAAGAACUCAGGAGUGAUGAGAACACAUGAUGAAGAUGCAUAUGCCUACUUUAAACACACCAAGGUUAUAUGCAAAUUAUGCCCCAGGUUGCACAACAAAUUCCCCACUAUGUUUGCCCACCAUCAGAAAACCAUAACUGUCGACAGUAGAGGACAGCUGUUUUCAAGUAAUCGAGAAAUCAUAAGUUUUAUUGGAGGCUUAGAUCUUUGUGACGGCCGAUAUGAUACAGAGGAACACUCCUUAUUUCGAACACUCAAUACUGAAUUUCAUUCCCAAGACUUCUACCAAAUAAACCUUUCCGGCGCUAGCCUUCAUAAAGGUGGACCAAGGGAGCCAUGGCAUGAUGUUCAUGCCUGUAUUUCCGGGGAGGCUGCAAGGGAUGUGAUGACAAAUUUUGAGCAAAGGUGGACAAAGCAAUGUGACCCUUCUUUGCUAGUCCCCCUAAACUCUAUAAAAGAACUUUCUCAACAACCAAAUUCAAUAACUACCACAGCUGAAAAGAACUGGAAAGUCCAAGUCUUUCGAUCAAUUGAUCACAUCUCGGCAAAUAUAAACUUUCGAGUUGAGAGAAGCAUCCAUGAAGCUUAUGUAGAAGCAAUCAGGCGCGCUGAGAAAUUUAUAUACAUCGAAAACCAAUACUUUAUUGGAGGAUGCCACUUGUGGGAGAAAGAUAAGCAAUGUGGCUGCACAAACUUAAUACCAGUCGAGAUAGCCCUCAAGAUAGCUAGCAAGAUUAAAACAAAGGAAAGGUUCGCAGUUUACAUUCUCAUACCAAUGUGGCCAGAAGGAGUUCCAGAGAGUGAAACUGUACAAGACAUACUACACUGGACCAGGGAAACAAUGAAGAUGAUGUUUAAGCUAGUAGGUGAAGCUUUACAAGACAGUGGCGAAUCAGGCCAUCCAAAAGAUUACUUAAACUUUUUCUGCCUUGCUAACCGGGAAGAAAAGAGACAAGGAGAGUUCAUUCCUCCAUCAUCUCCUCAUCAUGCAACACAGUACUGGAACGCUCAAAUGCAGAGGAGAUUCAUGAUUUAUAUCCAUUCCAAAGUCAUGAUAGUUGAUGACACGUACAUGCUGAUUGGAUCUGCAAACGUAAACCAGCGAUCAAUGGAUGGGCAAAGGGACACUGAAAUUGCAAUAGGAUGCUACCAAAUGGACAAUGAAGAAAGAAAAAUUACACAAGGUGAAAUACACAGAUAUCGCAAUUCAUUGUGGUAUGAACAUACAGGACAAGCCGCAGAAAUUUUUCACAGGCCUGAGAGUUUAGAAUGUGUGCAGAAGUUCAACUCAAUAGGGGACCAGAUGUGGAAACUAUAUCAAGGAAACAAAGUAGUUGAUAUGGAAGGUAUACAUUUAGUUGCUUACCCACUGAGCGUCAGGGAGGACGGCCUCGUCGAAGACCUUGUUGAACACAAUGGCUAUUUUCCGGACACAAAAGCACCAAUGAGAGGGAGAAGAUCCAAAUUUCUACCUCCAACUUGCACCACAUAA